ACAAUGUCUAAUGUGUUAGUGUACUGUCCAGGUUCCAGGAAAUAACCACACCCACCGCGUUGCCAAAGAACCCAGAAUGUGUUGUUCGAACGUGUCAUCACUCAGAGAUACUCAGAGUUACUCUAUACAGUAAGUGUAAGGACGAUGGAUCUGAACGUGGAUGUGAAGUCUGUUCAGUUUGAAAGCGGACUCGGUGAACAGGAGCAAGAGUUGGUGUUCCUGCGCGCGCGCUCAUCAGCGUUAACAGUGUGUGGGUGCGCGCACGCGGUGUUUCUGUGCAGGCUCGCGUCUGAAGCCAGGAAUAAAUUAAACCAUCAAAACAAUAAAUCAGACUUGCAGCCAGUGAAGGUGGGCAUUAUUGGCGGUGGACACAUAGGCAAACAGCUGGCACUGCUUUUACUGACUGUACCGGGCUUUAAACCAUCUAACAUUAACAUGUCAACUAAAAGACCAGACUCACUAAGUGAAUUUUUAAACAGAGGUGUGGAUUGCUAUUUUGAUAACCGCCGACUGGCCACUUGGGCUGACGUGAUCUUCCUCUGCGUUCUUCCCUCACAUCUUCGUCAUGUGUGUGCCGAGCUUCAUUCCCAGCUGCCUUCACACUGCCUAGUGUACAGUUUUACCUCUGCAGUGCAAUCACACAGGUUGGCAUUACUACUUGGUCACACAUUCAUUCUUAGACCUCAGUACAGCUUUAUGACGGGCGAUUCGGGUCACUUGUGGCUCCGCCAUAAUCAGGUGGCAGCAGCUCUAAAGGACAAAGAGGUUCUGAGUGCAUCAUGCCCACUUUCAAUGAGUGGUGGGCUCUGUUUGGAUCAGAGGUGGAUUUCUGCUGUGCUGUACUCUCUCCUCAAUAUGUGCACUGCUGAGGGAUUGAGGGCUAAACAAACUGUCCAGCUGCUAAAUGAGCUGCUUCAGACGACAAGCCCAAACUCAACGCUCACCUGCCAAAGUUUUGUUAACUCAUCCUGGGCAUACACACUCAAUAACUCUGAGGAGCUGUUCCCAUGGAUUAACCUAAUUGAUGUACAGACCAAACAGUCUCCUUUGACCUUUUGUCUGUCAGGAUGUAAAGCUUUACAAGACUGCAUUUCUGUGGUGUAUAACAAAAUAUUUCCUGGCUAAAUUUAAACAGUGAAACAAACACAAAGUGUAUAUGACUAAUUUAACAGCAGCUUAAUAAUUAUAACAGUGUAAUAUUUAUACAGGUUGCCUCAGUAGAUCAUAUGAAAACCACAUUGUUAAAAUAAGGUAAAGAUAAUUAGGCUCGUGAGGAUACUGAAAGUCUCUCAAUAGCAUUGAAAUAGUUCUGUAGCUCUCUGGAUAAUUAGUACCAUUUGGGGCCUAAUUACACUGCACUGAAUAAGCAGUUGUGCAAUUCAUAUGUUUCUCAACUAAUGUCACAUGUUAAGAAAACCUAAAAAUGCAUGAUUUCAACAUGAUUGCAUGUUUCUAACUAGCAUGAUGUUAUUAAUGGAAGUUUUGUUUGGUCACAUUUUUAGAAAGACAUUUUCCUACAUUUCUUUUAGA